GACAACCUUUGACAUCAACCACCAUGUUCUGCAAUUGAUACGUCAUGUCUGCUCUGCCUUCAUCGUCUCGCAUAAGGACAACGGUCCCUACGACGCCAACAACAUCACGAGUUGCGAGCACACAUGCAGCCCAAGCCUCGCCACACUAUUCCACCACUCGACGGCACUCUCUAUAUGGCGUAGAAGACAGAGUUAUCAUCGAUCCUGGCUCUCGGAUAUGGAAAGUAGGCUUCAGUGGAGAGGGCAGGCCUCGAGAAGUUCUUUAUGCCGGUGGAAAGUCGGGUGCAGCGCUCUGGGGACUUGAGCGCGCUGUAAAUCCAGCAGACAGAGCGGAGGAGAACAAGCUAUUAUCCAUUAACCUUGAACGAUGCCUGAGAUCUGUUUUCCAUGAUUCUCUGUUAACAGAUCCAAAAGCGCGAAAGGUCAUACUGGUCGAACAUCCCCUUCUCCCGCUGUACAUCAAAGAUAUCAUUGCUCAGAUUUUGUUCGACAAUCUUCAGGUUCCUUCAAUUUCUUUUGCAUCAAGUCAUCUUCUUUCCCUCUUCACUGUAGGCCGUAUCACAGGAUUGGUUAUUGACUGUGGACAUUUGGAGUCAGUAGCGCUUCCGAUUUUUGCUGCCAGGCCAAUGUUCCCCCAACUUCGUUCGACACCAUUAGCGGGCGCGCGGUUAUCAUCGCACUUGCGUGCCCUUAUACUCCUCUUCGGAACGUAUCUACCUCCGCCCACGACUCUUAGUGCCUCUGUUAACAUCCCUGCGUCCAGUCGCGCCACCCGUGUACCCCAAGAAGUACUAACUGAUGCCGUUAUUGAUGAGAUAAAAACCCGAUGCUGCUUUGUGGGAGAAGCAUUAGGGAUGGCCGAUGAGGGUCGAGAAGCUACGCCUAUAGGCGAUCUGUCGUCAGAUAUCGACAUUCCCCCCAGCGACACCACAGAAUCCGACUUUUCUCUCACCGGGCGAGAAAGCGUGUCGUCACAAGUCGAUUCAGAUUUUUCUGUCGUGUCCACUCCCCGUGCACCAAUGUCGGAUGAUAGACCACAUAGCGGGGAGAAUUACUUGCAGGCUCUUGCAGCAAUGUACAGACGAACCUCCACCGCUACAGACUUGACGAUGCGCGUCGUUCCACCUGUUUCGCAACAGACCGGUACUGGACAUGGAACUUUGAUGAUACCCGGGUGGAUUCGUGAGAGGACAGCCGAAGUUCUCUUCGAAGGAGGUGACGUGGACGAAAGUAGCGUCGCAGAAACUAUUCUGGAUUCCCUUCUAAAGGUACCCGUUGACCUGCGAAAAACUCUAGCAUCGUCUAUUCUGGUCGUAGGUGGCACGUCUAUGCUCCCAGGGUUCAUCCCAAGGCUACACAGUGAAAUAUUGCGUGCCAUUGCUCCGCUACCACCCUCAGCCAGGCAGCCUAUUCGACCUAAUAAGCCGUUACCGCCUCAGUAUGAUCGUUAUGCAGUUUUGAGACCACUGACCUCGCAUUUUGCCAUUCUCAAUAACCCUUCUCCUCAAACUGCCCAAAUGUCGGCAAGAGCGAGAUCGAAUGCCGGAAAAGCACCCGCGUUCACGCCUGCCACCAUGGCCUGGGUUGGCGGUUCGUUGGCUGGUUCGCUCAAGACGGGGGGAGUUGAACUAACCAGGGAACGAUGGGAUGAAGCUGCUUCGGGCGAUAAUGACGGUAUGAAUGUGGAUAAUUCAGUGUCCGUGGGGCACAGUGUUAUUCUUCCGGACUGGACACGAAUACCAUUAUCACAAGGUGCCCCACCGGCGUCUUUAGCAGUUCAUGGUGCGACCCAUACAUCGCCAUCUCAAGCACGAGUUGGUGCGUGAUAUGAUGCUGAGAUUUGAUAUUGUACUUCUGUAUUAGUGAUGAA